UUUCCAAUAUGUCAGCCUUCAUGUCUACUUAGAAUUGUACAUGCCAAUGCUACUGUUACAUAGUGUGUUUAAAUACGCUACUUCCUCUUACAUUAUUUUUAUUUUACCUGGUAUAGAGCUUCCAGCUUAACGUGUUGUGUGAGUAGAAAUGUCAUCCUCAGCACGUAAGCUUGCGCCGGCUUGGCGUAGUGGUAUGUGGUUUGACAUGCUACCUGAACACUACAAGGCACGAUACUGGGAAUCAAGGACAAGACAACCAAUCCCAGUGCAUUGGAUUCCAAACAAAGACAAAUAUAUGAUACAUCCGAAAAAUGGACAAAAGGUACGAAUUGAAGACGUCCCAAUACCUGUAAAGUACCCAAAAGAAUGUGAUGAAGGAUUGUGGGGAGGUGAAGGUGUGGUCAAAGGAUUUCAGAAACGUCAUCCUCUAAGGAGAAGGGUUCCACAUUACUGGAUACCAUCACUGAAGAAGAAGAUACUGUACAGUGAGAUAUUGGAUCGAUACAUGGUCAUCACUGUCACCAGCCGCACACUGGACCUGAUUGAUGAGGCAUAUGGAUUUGAUCACUAUAUAUUAAAGACCCAUCAAGUGGACUUGAAGUCUGAUCUUGGAAUGACUUUAAAGAGGGAAAUGCUUCUAGCGCUUGCUCAGAAGACUUAUUAUCCAGAUGAUCCUGCUAGACAAGCAAAAAUACUAAAAAAAUAUGGGAAAUAUAUGAUACUGGAAGAGGAGGCAGAAUGGAUAGGUUAUUCCUUGAAAGAUGCGAUCAUAAAGAUCCGACUACAACUAGACGACAAAAAGCCAGUACCGUUGAAAGAAAAAUAUAAGGCAGAGUUGCUCGAACAAUUAGCAGAUGCUAGUCACAAAGAUAAGUCUUCAGACCAAGAAACGAAAUCAUGGAUUUCCCGCAUAAGCCCAUUCGGUGGAAAGUCGGAGAGCUAACACUGUACAUGUGGUUUGAGAGAGCUAAGCAUCCCAACACCUUUGAAACAGUUAUAUCUAUGUAGUGAUAGUCACCAAUCAUUAAGAUUGUAGAUCACUAAAGGAUUAUCUAGCCAAGAUUGAUACAAGUAUUAGUUUUCAUACCUGCAUGUAUAUAGUUCAUUAUAGUUCAUUAUAUUAUGAAUUCAUGUUCAAAUAGUAGAUGUGGAAUUUAUAUGCGAAGUCAGGCUACGGGAAUAUCUCGUAGUGAAUACUGCCACAAUUUCAAGUGACUGUUUUUACACAGUUUAUGUCAGAUCAGAAAAACGAUAAAAUAAAGCCAAGUGCAUAAAAUGUG